CUCCUCAUCUCUCUCACCCUCUGUUUCCUCUGCUCCCUGCUCUUCAUAGGCCAUCCUACCCCUGCCACCUGCCUCCUACAACAACCAGUAUUUGGAGUUGUCUUCACAGUAGCUGUUUCCUCCAUUUUGGCCAAAACCAUCAUAGUGGUUCUGGCUUUCAAGGGAAUAAAGCCAGGGAGCAGGAUGCGCAUGUUCCUGCAUCCUAGAGUGUCUGUCUAUGUUGUCCUCAUCUGCUCGGGGUUGCAAGUGAUUUUCUGUGGCAUUUGGUUGGGAACCUCCCCCCCCUUUCCAGAGGCAGACACACACUCUCAAUAUGGCUACAUCAUUCUUAAAUGUAAUGAGGGUUCUGCCUUUGCUUUUUUCUGUGUUUUGGGCUACAUGGCCCUUCUGGCUCUGGGAAGCUUUAUUGUAGCUUUUCUGGCCAGGAACCUGCCUGAUACCUUCAAUGAAGCCAAGUUCAUUACCUUCAGCAUGCUGGUGUUUUGCAGUGUCUGGGCCACUUUUCUUCCCACAUAUCAGAGCACCAAAGGGAAGGCCAUGGUGACUGUGGAGAUCUUCUCCAUCUUGGCCUCCAGUGCUGGGCUUCUGGGCUGCAUCUUUAUUCCCAAAUGUUAUGUGAUCCUCCUAAAGCCAGAGAGAAAUAUCCAGGGACAGAUCAAGAAUAAAUGA